UUUUAUUUAAUUGCGUUUGAGAGGAAGACCAGUUUGUGACUCUAAUCCUGAGGUUGAAAUUAUCUGUAAGAAGCGCAGAAGCACAGGAUCAGUUUAAUGUAGAAGACGGAUAAAGAUUUAGUGUGAAAUCACAAGAGCAGACGCCCCUCAGGUGUUUGUGAAUGUGAACUCAUCUCUAUUAGCUGCCAGAAGCUACUGACACACAUAUUUGUUAGAAGAAGUUAGUCCUGUGCUGGGGUCGGUUAUAAAACCAUUACAAUCGGACACUCGUGGUCACAGAAAGAGGCCUGUGGUAUCUGUUCUUUCACAUGCCUGGUGGUAAACGACCAGUUUGCUUCAAUGGAGAACUGCAGUUGCAAAAGGACAAAUUGUAGAGGCCGCCGAUACCUCAGCAUCACCUGGGAGAUAGCCUAGCCUCGCCUAGCUCAGCUCAGGUCAGCACAGCCCUGUUAGCUUGUCUGUGACCACCCCUCCCCCAGGGUUGGGGUCCAUCUUCUCCUCCAUCCCUUACAACAUCCUCUCCCCUCCACUUCUUAACUUUUCCAAGUGAGUUGCCAUGGCAUCAGUGCGCUUCACGGUGACGCCCACCAAGGCGGAGGACCUCCCGGGGCUGUCCGACACAUCCCCUGACAUCAGCUCCCGCUCCGGCGCCCGUGUGCGCUUCGGCUCCAGGGAGAGCGUCAAUCGGAGUGACCCGCUCAGCGAGACGUCGACAACGACUGCCACAGGGGGAGGAGGAGGGAUGGAGACGCCCGACCACAGCAACACAGAGCAAGGUGACGCAAACUCUAAAAUCUCCAGCGUGUACAUCAACAACAGUCACGGGGUGGAUGAUGAUGAUUUCUACGACAGAAACUUGGCCUUAUUUGAGGAGGAGAUGGACACUCGGCCGAAGGUGUCGUCUCUGCUCAGUCGUCUGGCCAACUACACCAACCUGACACAGGGGGCCAAGGAGCACGAGGAGGCUGAGAGCAUCGGAGAGAAGAAGAAACCUGGCAAGUCGCCACAGAUGGGGACGUUCAUGGGGGUGUACCUGCCUUGCCUGCAGAACAUCUUCGGCGUCAUCUUGUUCCUGCGGUUGACCUGGGUGGUGGGGAAUGCCGGGGUGCUGCAGGCGCUCUGUAUUGUCUUCCUAUGCUGUUGCUGUACGAUGUUGACUGCGAUAUCGAUGAGUGCAAUCGCCACGAACGGAGUCGUACCAGCGGGAGGCUCGUACUUCAUGAUCAGUCGCUCUCUGGGUCCGGAGUUUGGGGGGGCGGUGGGCAUUUGUUUCUACCUGGGCACCACCUUUGCUGGAGCCAUGUACAUCCUGGGAGCCAUCGAGAUCCUGCUGAUGUACAUAGCACCCAAGGCGGCCAUUUUUGAGUCCAAGUCCCCCGAAGGCGAAGGGGCAGCCAUGUUGAACAACAUGCGUGUCUACGGCUCCAUCUGUCUCCUCCUGAUGUCCUUGCUGGUCUUUGUGGGCGUUAAGUACGUCAACAAACUAGCCUCCAUUUUCUUGGCCUGUGUCAUUGUCUCCAUCGUCUCCAUCUAUGUCGGAGCGCUGGUCUCCGCCUUCAAACCGCCACAGUUUCCCGUGUGCAUGCUGGGAAACCGAACCAUCAACGGGCAUGAAGUGGUGGACAGCGUGUGUGCAAAGACCGUCCAGCUGCCGGUCAGUGAGCCAGUGGACAGAGAUGACGUCAACUUCACAAUCACCAGUGAAAACAGCACGGCAGGUCCGACCUUUGACCCCAGCCCCAGUCCUGCUCAGGUGGACAACACCACAUAUCUUUGGAAGCAGUUCUGCCAGGGCCCAGAGCUCAACUGUGACGAAUACUUCAUGUCCAACAAUUUUUCGGAGAUUGAAGGGAUCCCCGGUCUGGCAAGUGGGAUCAUUUCAGAGAACGCGUGGAGCUCCUACCUCAGUAAAGGUGACGUGGUGGAGAAAGGCUCCCUCAACUCCUCUCAUUUUGCACAUCCUGCGUCCAACCACCAGCCUUAUGUGUUUGCUGACAUCACCACCUCGUUCACGCUGCUGGUCGGCAUCUUCUUCCCCUCGGUCACAGGGAUAAUGGCUGGCUCCAACCGGUCGGGGGAUCUGAAAGAUGCCCAGCGCUCAAUCCCCAUUGGAACCAUCCUCGCUAUCCUCACCACCUCCAUCGUCUACCUGACCAGUGUCAUCUUGUUCGGAGCCUGCAUCGACGGGGUGGUCCUCAGAGACAAAUUUGGCGACUCAGUGAAAGGAAAUCUCGUGGUGGGGACUCUGGCUUGGCCGACUCCCUGGGUCAUCGUCAUCGGCUCGUUCUUCUCCACGUGUGGCGCGGGCCUGCAGUCACUGACCGGUGCUCCGCGACUCCUGCAGGCCAUCGCCAAGGACAACAUCAUCCCCUUCCUCCGGGUGUUUGGACAUGGGAAGGCUAAUGGGGAGCCAACCUGGGCCCUGCUGCUGACGGGCCUGAUCGCUGAGCUGGGGAUUCUCAUCGCCUCUCUGGACCUGGUGGCACCCAUCCUCACAAUGUUCUUCCUGAUGUGCUAUCUGUUCGUUAACCUGGCCUGUGGCCUGCAGACCCUCCUGAGAACGCCCAACUGGAGACCACGCUUCUCCUACUACCACUGGAGCUUGUCAUUUUUGGGGAUGAUCAUCUGCCUGGGGCUGAUGUUCAUAUCCUCUUGGUACUACGCAAUCAUCGCCAUGGUGAUCGCAGGCAUGAUCUACAAAUAUAUCGAGUAUCAAGGAGCGGAGAAAGAGUGGGGGGAUGGGAUCCGCGGUCUCUCACUCAGUGCUGCCCGUUACGCCCUCCUGAGGCUGGAAGAGGGACCACCACACACCAAGAACUGGAGGCCCCAGCUCUUAGUUUUACUAAAACUGGACGAAGACGCCCACGUGAAGUCUCCUCGCCUGCUGACGUUUGCCAGCCAGCUGAAGGCGGGAAAGGGCCUGACCAUCGUCGGCACCGUCGUCUCUGGAAACUUCCUGCAGAGCUACGGAGAGGCGCUCGCUGCUGAACAGACUCUGAAGCACCUGAUGGACAAGGAGCGUGUGAAGGGCUUCUGUCAGUGCAUCGUGGCCCAGAAGCCCCGUGAAGGCAUCAGCCACAUGAUCCAGUCGAGCGGCCUGGGAGGAAUGAAACCCAACACCGUGGUGAUGGGCUGGCCUCACGCCUGGAGGCAGAGCGAGGACCCGCAGUCCUGGAAAACCUUCAUCAACACAGUGCGGGUGACGACAGCCGGUCACCUGGCCCUGCUGGUGCCCAAAAACAUCUCUCUGUUCCCCAGCAACAGUGAACCGUGCACCGAGGGCUACAUCGACGUCUGGUGGAUUGUCCACGACGGGGGGAUGCUCAUGCUGCUGCCCUUCCUCCUGCGCCAGCACAAGGCGUGGCGUAAAUGUGGGAUGAGAAUCUUCACAGUCGCCCAGAUGGAGGAUAAUUCAAUUCAGAUGAAGAAGGAUCUGGCAACCUUCCUCUAUCACCUACGCAUCGAGGCUGAGGUGGAAGUGGUCGAGAUGCACGACAGUGACAUCAGUGCGUACACGUAUGAACGGACCCUGAUGAUGGAGCAGAGGUCCCAGAUGCUCAGACAGAUGCGACUUUCUAAAUCUGACCGGGAACGAGAGGGAAACCCUGGUAGCAGCAGCAGUAGGCCAGAGGCAGGUGGAGCUGCAAAGUCUCAGGCCCAGCUGGUGAAGGACCGCAACUCCAUGCUGCGUCUGACGAGCAUCGGCUCGGACGACGACGACGACACGGACGGCGGCGAGCGAGACAGGGCGCCGAGUGGCGGUGGCGGCGGAGGUGGUGGAGGCGGCGGCGGCAGCAGCGGAGGAGCCAGCAACUGCGAACACAACCGACGAGUUCAGAUGACGUGGACCAAAGAGAAGACUUUGCACUACAGGGCCGCUCACUCCGGCUGCUCCACGCCCGAGGGAUUCAGAGACAUGCUCAGCAUUAGACCGGACCACUCCAACGUCCGGCGGAUGCACACUGCCGUCAAACUCAACGAGGUCAUCGUCAACAAGUCCCACGACGCCCGACUCGUCCUGCUCAACAUGCCAGGACCCCCGAGGAACACAGAGGGAGACGAGAACUACAUGGAGUUCCUCGAAGUUCUAACGGAAGGACUGGAGCGCGUCCUGUUGGUCAGAGGCGGAGGAAGUGAGGUCAUCACCAUCUACUCCUGAUUGGACAGAAGAGAGGAACCUGGCGUUAAAGAAGCAGACGUGAGCGAAGGGAGACGGAGGGGGGGGGGGGGGGGCC